UGGGCAUGACCUUACGGUCACCCUGCUCGUGACGUACCGUGCGGAUAUGCGGAUAUGUUGCAAGUGUUUUGGCAUUGACAAUUUGAACCCAAAAUUUCUUCAAAUCUUACUUCUUUAACGAUUCUUUCGAACAUUGAAGCCACGUAACAUGGGCCGUACUAUAAGUACAAAGGAACUGGAAGAAUGGAAGGGUGCUGGCCGAGUUUGUUUGGUAAGGGAAGGCAGGGUUUUUGAUGUGACAGAUUUUGUCGGCAUGCACCCUGGUGGUGAAAAGCCCCUCAAGAAUAAUGCAGGCCGUGAUGUCACAACGUUGAUGACAAGACCAAAUCCACACAGACACAGCAGCAAUGCUUAUAAACUUCUGGAAGCCUACUAUGUUGGAGAAUUGGAGAAUGGUGUAGCAUCCAACGGUGUUACGAGCAAUCAUACAGUCAGCAAUGAUCAGCCUACUCAGCUGAAUGGCAACAUGACAAACGGUAGCUCAAGCCACGUCAAGGAUUUGGUGGACUACAGUAAACCAGUCUUGUGGCAAGUGGUCAACCUGGGUGACAAGUACUACAGUUGGACCCACCAGCCCAUCAGCAGAGAUUCUCUUCGCCUCUUCCAUUAUGACCUGCUGGAAUAUUUCUCCACGUCGAGUUGGUAUGCCGUGCCAAUCACUUGGAUCCCCUUUAUAUCAAUAGUGUGUUGGUUGGCAAUUCAGCAGUGGCAGGACGUCAGCAUGUUCUCCAGUGUGUUUGGUGGAGCCUUUGAGAUGCCAGUAACAUGUGGGGCAUUCCCAUUGGUGUUUUUCGCUGGUGCCCUGCUCUGGACAUUUGUGGAGUAUAUCCUUCAUCGCUUUUUGUUUCACAUGGAACCACCUACAAACUCCAAGCUCCUGAUUGGCCUUCACUUCGUUUUACAUGGACAACAUCAUAAGGUGCCUUUCCACCCAGGUCGUUUGGUAUUCCCUCCUGUUGCAGCUUCAGUCUUCGUAGUCCUCUUCUACUUCAUACUGACUGCUGCCUUGCCCGUGCCUAUAGCCUAUACACUGAUGGCUGGUGUAAUCUUUGGCUACAUCUGCUAUGACUUGACACAUUAUUAUCUCCAUCAUGGCUCUCCUGCGCAAGGCACAUAUUUCCAGGCCCUAAAGUCAUACCAUGUCAGACACCACUACGAGAUCCAAGAUAAAGGGUUUGGCAUCUCCAGCAAACUGUGGGACAUCGUGUUUGACACAUUGAUACCCAGCGUCAAGGCAGAGUAAAUAUCCGAGCUCUGAUCUCAUUUAAACUUUGGGCCUAGAACAAUCACAUGCUACAUUUGGGCUCUUUGUUGUUGUAAGAAAUGGUAUGCAAUAUGUAUUAAAAUUACUAAAUUAAGUCAUCAUAAAAACCCAUAAUUAUCAAUACUUCGUAAUAGUUUGUAAAAAAUCUCCCUUCAGCAAGUCUCACUGCCUUAUCUUAUCAGACAUCUUGUCAUAACUGGUGAAUAUUUGUCGAUAAUUGGUUCAAUUUUGAAUCGUGUAUUUCCUUAUUCUAUACCUCCAACCAGUCCACUGAAUACAUGUAGCAUAUGAGCCAGUUUGAUUUUCCAAAUGCAUGUAUGCUGCUAAACAAAAAAUUGACAAUUGUGACUUCAGCAGACGAGGGGCCACAAGUCUGGGGAAAUGGUCAGCAAAUCAGCAAUCUGCAAAUUUUCAUGCAGUCAAAAAGAAGAUGAAAACUUAGUUCACAUAAAAAAUACUGAAAAUAUGCUGCAGUCAAACCAGUUAAGAAUUAUAUCCUUCAGAACAAGACUUUUUCUUCAUUUUCAUUGGUAUGAAAUAGGAAAUUAUAUAAUGAUGAUAAAUAGAUUUGGUAAUAAAUGUAUUUGAAUUCAGAUGUAUUUCUUGAUGUAAAAUAAGAAUCAGUGGUACCAAUUAAAAAAACACACA